CAUUUGAGUUUCAAAUAACGACACAAAGGUUUUUGAACUGCGCAAGCAAAAUAGGUUCUUCGAAUCUUCCUCUCAUAUUAUCCACAGCAUGUUACCUUAACCAACCAAACAUGUUUCAUGCUUUACUUUUAUAGCUACAAUGAUGUUGUUGCAACAAUCAAAUUUCUGUCCAAUUCCUUCUUCUCAAUUUCCCUCACUCAAACAAAGAAACCCAUUUCUUCAUCACCUACAAUUUCGUAGAAAGGAUAAAGCUUCCACCUUUAGAAUUUCUUCUCUUGCUGCUGCUGGUUUUUUCAAUGAUGUCGCUCAAAUUGCUCAUAAUAAGGUUCUGAUUGCAGCUGGAGUUUCAAUGGCAAUCGGGCAACUUUCUAAGCCAUUUACUUCUGUGUUUCUGUAUGGCAAAGAGUUUGAUAUCAAGGCUCUUAUUCAAGCUGGAGGGUUUCCAUCAUCACACUCUUCUGCAACAGUGGCUUGUGCAACAUUACUUGGCCUUGAGAGAGGCCUCUCAGAUCCCAUUUUUGGUCUUGCAGUUGUGUAUGCUGGUCUGAUUAUGUAUGAUGCUCAGGGUGUAAGAAGAGAAGUAGGGAUUCAUGCUAGGACAAUCAACAAACUACUUCUCCAAAUGCAUGUCAACCAUUUACAUUCCAAACAUAAAGAUGGUCUGAUAAACUCUCAACCUGGAUCAUCCAGUCCACCAAAAGCAGAAACUCAAGAAAAAUCCCUUUUGUUCCAAGAAACCACUUCUUUGGAACCACAACAAGCUAAUACAAAUGUAUUAGUUAAAUCAGAAAGCAUAAUAAGGCAAAGUGACGAGGAGCUACAAUCCUCUGAUUUCUUAGAAGAUGCAAAAGAAACCUCAAAGUUGGUUGCUGAUGGUCUACUGCCAUUAAAAGAAUCUGUUGGUCAUACUGAGGUUGAAGUCGUAGCUGGUGGUUUACUUGGAUUUUUGGUUGGGCUGGCUGUGUAUAAUUUGAAGUGAAAUCUUGAUUUUUUUAUGAAUUAUUUCAUAAUGUUAUACAUUAUAUUGAAUAGGUUAUAGAAAUGAAAAGUAAAGAGGGAGAUAUCAAGUCAGUUAUAGAUAGGUUUAGGGUUGUUUUCUUUGAACAAAUAUCAUGUGUAGCAUAGAGUAUUUAUUUAUUAUUAUUGAUCAAAUGGAAACAAAGUAACAAAACAA